AUGUCUCGGUUACUGUGGAUGGUGGGGAUGGUGGCCGUGACCACUGCAGCGCCAUUGACCUUCACUCAUUUGGAUACCACCUGGACGAUUGAGUUGCACGAGGAUGAGGGCGACCUUCAUGUCACGGCAGACUGCCCAGAGGAAACAUGGUGCGGCUUCGGUUUCAACGAAGACGCGCCCAAAAUGGACGGCUCAGAUGUCUUUACAUUCGGGUACCACCAUAAUACCGACCUCCAUGAUUGCCCCACUGCUGGUGGUGGUGGUGGUGGUGGUGGUGGCGGCGGUGGUGGUGGUGGUGGUUGCAACACCACCGAAUGCGGCUGCGGCUGUGGCUGCUGCUGCGCUUGCGGCAGUCGGCGGCUGGAGGGAGAGACGCAGAGUCCCUUCGUGCCACGUGUGCGCGACCUCAAAGUGCACUUGCCCAAUCCCUCCCUGCCCAGCAAGCCCCAGAAAUUGGAGAAAGUGGGUGGUGUGGUCGGCAUCGCUAUGAACUCCGUGCUCUUCGUUCACGAACAUCCUAAGGAGGGAAUGACUUGGCUGUUCGACGACUGCGGUGGUCAUGGUGACUCCUACGGGCACUACCACUACCAUGCUCCGCCAUUGUGUCUGAUGAAAUCCUUGGGUCUUCCAGUGCCCAGCAUCAGUGCCUGGUGGAAGACCAUUGGUCCAAAAGCUUGGCCCUCCACGGGACCCGAGGUCCAGAUCGGUUGGGCUUUGGAUGGCGCUCCCAUCAUGGGCCCAUUCAAGGAUGGCCUCAGAACCAAGAAGAGCAUGUUGGACGAGUGCCAUGGAGCCAUGGAUGUCACUUCGGGUGAGUAUCGAUACUACCUGCUGCCUGAAGCACCCUAUAUGCCCCCCUGCCUGCGCGGCGCUCAUUUGGGCAACGUUUCCAGCUUCCGCACCUCCAAGAAAGGCAAAAUCUGUCAGAAGUCAGAUGCCCACGUGGUGGAGACCACUGUCGUCGAGGGUGGCAUGAUCCUCACCGGAAAGGGCUGCCCAGAACACGAAAU